AUGCUGCGAAUCACGCAACUCUCCGGAGAAGAGUUGACGCGUAUUCCCAUCGAGGAGCUUAGCAAUGUUAAGGUCUUGAAGCAGCGAUUGCAUGGAAAGCACGGCCUGCCACCACGAUUCAGACAAAGGCUUCUGCAUGGGGCCACGACGUUGGAUGAUGCCGCAAAGCUGGACUCUGCCAUGGACCUGGAAGUGGUGGCUCUCCGUGGAUUCUGCGGAACUUCCGAGACCCAGAGGACCGCGCUCUGUCAUGCAAUCGAGAGAGACUCGGUGGAGGAGGUUGAAGAGUUGCUGCAAAUCCCAAUGGACCCGGACGCAGCGAUCGCUGGUACAGAUACACCGCUGAUGCAAGCAUCGUGCACGGACAGUUUCAAAGUUGCAGCUCUGCUCAUUGAGGCUGGUGCUAACCUGGAUCUGCGUGACAAUGCUGGCCGUACGGCACUGAUGGCGGCCGCAAUGUUUGGUUGCCUCCGCGUCCUGCAAUGUCUGGUCGACUCCGGUGCUCAGAUGGAUUUGCAGGACAAUCAGGGUUUUUCUGCGAUGAUGUUUGCAGCACUCUACAAUCAAGCCUUUGCUGCAAGCUUGCUCGUGGAUGCCGGUGCUCGACAAGAUUUGCGUGACAACGGUGGCCGCACAGCACUACAUUGGGCAACUGAAGCCGGAAACGAUGCCAUCGAGCAGUUGCUCCUAAAUCCCGGUGAGCUUUGCGAGGUCUGA